AAAUCUAAAAACUAGCGCGGCAAGUUCGAAUCGUCGUUCCAACUUCCGGAAGUUUUUUUGACGUUUCGAAUCCUGCAAAAAGCGAGUUUUCAGCCAUGCCCGCCGCAGUCAUGGUUCCAAUGAUACCCGAGGAAGAAAACCAGGUAGAGACGGACAAAUGCGACCUGGAGACACUACUGCAAAGGUUGAAAUGUGGUAAAAGUGGAGACUCAGAACUUUUCAAGGAGGAGUUUCGGAUCCAGCUGCUGCCGCAAUCCCAGCAUCCUCUCUGCAACAUGGUGGACAGAAAGGCGCAGAAUGACUCCAUCUAUCUGCUGCAGAGGGAACUGCAGGUUCCACUAGAACAGUUGACCAGUGAGAGUCUGGAUGGAGUGCUGGAUGUAGACAGCCUUGCAGGGAGGGUAGAGACAGACGGGGAAGACAGCACAAGAGAUGACAGCAUGGAGGACACACCAAAGAUAGUGGCAGAGCUGCAUCCUGUGUCUGUCAAAGAGGCCAGGUACUUCCUAUCCCUGUACGCCAUGGCCCACAACCCAGCAGUUGCCGACGCCCAGCCUGCAGUUUUCCCACUGUGGGUGAAGGUAGAAGUGCUAUCCAGCAGGGAAAGGGUCUGCUACAUGGGCAGUGAACUGCACACCAACAGGAGGGGACAAGUGACUGGGAUGUCAACUUAUACUGUCACUGCAAAAGGACCUUUCCCCACUCCAGCCAACCUUCCCACACUGGAAGCACUACAGAAGAAACACCGGGCUACGGUCUUUCCUCCCAACAACAAUGUCGUCAACCGAGGCUUCGUGCAGUACGACGUAUUCGGCACGGGUUCCCAGGAUGCCGCGGGAGAGCGCCAGACCAGCGUUCUGAUCGAAUGUGGCUGGAAAGACGUGACCUCUGUCCUUCAGCUGCCGCCCUACAACUCCGACACUGUCAUGCACAUCCGGGCAGUACCAGGCGACAUGAAGAGCGCCGCCUACAGUAUCUACAGGGAACUGCAGACCCUGACUGGUUUUGUGGAAGGGUUACAGACAGGAGAAGUUUUGUGGUGUCAGGAAGAGAAUGCCGUUCCUCUUACUACAACUGUCAGGAGCUUUAUAGAAGAGUUCACAGACCUGCAUGUGAAGAAACCAGCCCUGCAGAAAGUACAGAAUGAGUCUGACAUCAACUCCCCGAUGCACUCCAUGCUGCUGCCUCCUAGGAAGGACCUGGACUUCACCGAGGCACUUUGGGAAAAACUCUUGGGCUGCAGUGGAUACCAGGAGUUGGUGGACUGUUUACAGCUGGUGUUGGCAGCUCUGCAACAGGGAAAGAUUCAGCCUAUGGUUCACCGUAGUAACCAGAGCGAGCUGGCGUGCCUGGUGCGUGAGUCGUUCAAGGGCACGAUGCGUCCUCCCGACCUUGACGGUUCCCUGCCUGUCCGACUCCUCGCAGAGAUUGGCAUAGAGAAGAUGAAGAGGGACUACACUCACUUCUUCAUUGCUGAGGAACUAACGACCUUGAGCCAGCUGUCGGCCUACUUGAAGACAGACGCAAGUCUUGAAGACAACCUUGCCUUACUGCACAAGCUUCACGUGAUCUUAGAGAUGGUGGCAGCCUGUAAGGCUUUCCUCAACCUCCCUCACGAAAACCUGAGGACACUGUUAGGAAUGGCCCUCCAGCACUAUGGUAACCAUCAUCAUGACGACGGCCACACCUUCCGGCUGCCCCUCAGUGCAGGAGCCUGCAUCAAGAAAGUCUACGAGAGAAGCCAGGCCGCGGUGUGGCGGUUAGAGCAGACUUCAGGAGGGAAGGAUGACCAGGUGACCUCGGUGUGUCAGAUCAGCACUCGACCUCCGUAUGAACAUGCCGUGUGCGCUCUGGAAGACAUGACCUUAGGUGACCCCGCGGCAGACACCCAGCCUUACUACCUCACCACAGUUCAGCAGAGCAGGGUCCACUUCACCUGAACACCCCCGGAAACAGAGUGGAACAUGCCCAUCUCGUGCCUAAGUUCAUGAUGUAAUUGGACCGUACUAUUAUCAUAAGAGGGGUUAUGCCCAUACAUUUUUUAAAGUGUUUCCAGAGUACAGAUUUUGAAUCAUGAAAACUAGAUGGGAUCUUUAAGUCUAGAAAUGGCCAUCCAAGACAAAUUCUUUUUGCCUUUCAAAAAAUCACAAAUUUUGGGAUGGAAUAUACAUCUAUAACAUUAUUACUACCAAGCUAAUGUAUAUAUUAUAUGUAUUAUCAUAUGCAGAUUAGAACUUUGUAUGCUCAUGAAUUAGAUGAUAAUGACUUUUGGAAGAAACCGAUAAAUGUUAUAUGACAUCCGAUAAGUAUGAUAACCAAUAAAUGUUAUAUUACAUCCGUAUUUAUCAAUUUUUUGUAAACCUGUAACACAAUAAAAAUGCCUUGCUUCUCUCUAUAUUGGAACUACAUGUAUUGACCAGCUAAGCUGUUUGUUAGAAUUCAAUUAUUGUAUAUGU